AUGAUUCGCAAGACUUACGACGCGGCGACGUACAAGAGAGAACGGUCCUAUGAGAGACAUCGACCAAGCUCUGACCAAUCCAGCAAGGGCAGGGGUACUGGUGCAGGAAAGGUUGUCGACACAUCAAGUCACGAGCCAGGCCGAUAUGGCUCCAAGAGCGUCGCCAUCCCUCACAAACCUUAUCCAACUGGCACCUUCAACCCUCGAAAGUCCUCAAUAUCCACCGUUGCUCCCAGUCUCCAGGCCUCGCCCAAACCACCUGCACACCAUGUAAAGACCCACGACAAUGGAGUUCACGCCGCUGAUGGGUUGGACUUGCAUUCCCCUCCAACUGGAUUCCAUGGACAUGGCCGGCCGUACGUCGCUCCUUCACCACUCCAUGUGCCCAAACCACCGAGUGCUCGUGUCCGCGACCGUCAACCCUUGGCACGAGCUCCGGUGCCAGAAGAGUUAACCGACGAGAUGACCGAGCUGCAUCGACGUGAUCACGGUAUUGACCCAGAGGCUGCAAGUACUAGCCACCAAACCAGCGCUGCAAGCAUGUCUCAACCAUUUAAGAUCUUCGGUUUCCCGUUCGCAUUUGCGAGAAGUAUCAAAGCAGCGGUAUUGCCAGUCAACAAAUAUCAGGAGGGGGGUAGCUCUUCAGAGCCUGACUUCAGCACCGACUGUGGCGCUCCUUUUUGCUCCGCAGCAUCACACACGAUGACGAACCCGCUCAGAUACCCUGUCUGGAUGCUCGCAAAGAUCUGCACUUUCAUUGGCAACCGUGGAGUACACGCAAUCGAACCGGCAGACGACCAGAUCGUUCACGUCCAUGGUCUAGUUCCCAAAUCAGCAGCUGAUUCUUUCUCUUCGGAAAGUUCGGGCUACAAUUCAGACCACUUUUCAUCGUACGCAAAUUGGGAAAAGUCCACAGAAGACGACGAUUGGAGUUCUGGAAAGCAGAUGGACCAGACCUCUGCAGCGGCUCUUCACCAUGGAGGCAGUCAACAGGUAUCAACAUCUACCAAACAUCAUGAUCAUGGACUGACGCCCGAUCAGGGGUCCGGUACGAAGCAUCACAACCGUAAGCAUGAGGAUCGGAACGAGGAAAUCUCGCCGCAGAGCGCUUCGACUUCCGGACUGCCAUCGGGACCAACACCUCACGAACUCGGCCACAGCGAGAAAGUCGGCGGCUACGUUCCGAUGAAUGGAAGACCUUUCAAUUCCUCUGCAUCGGAUAGUAGGCUUGUUCCAUUUGUAUCAAUCUUCAGAAGUGCGAUUCUCCCGAUGAGGGCGCUCGGUUGGCCUCUCAAGUCCCACGCUAUGGGUUCUCAGCUCAAUGAACCAGGAAUUGAGCGACGCUGUGGGGAUGUCAAGGGGAACGAUGCCGAAGUUUUCACAGAUGAUAGGACUACACUUAACAAGUCCUUGGGAUUGGGUAGCGCGUUGGUGAGACUGUGGGAAGGAAUGAGAGACUUGGUGGCUCUGGGGAGGGGAUGA